GCCCUACAGCCCCCUACCAUUUAGAUGGAUUUCUUCCUACUCUCUCCGAUCGACCGGCAACUCAGCUCCCCGCCGCUGCCCGCCGUCGACUGUGCUCGCCGCCCUCUCUAUCUAAAUUUGACUAGAAUGAACCUAUGCUUGUCUAUAGCGGAAAAAAGGGUAAUGCGCAUAAAUUAGUGAGAGACUAAUAUACUCCAGCUGUUUGGUGAAAUGUCUCAACCAAGACUGACUUCAUACUUGAUAUGUCUCAAUCAAAACUGUAGAGUAUUCAUUUCUGUUCUUUGCAAAAAAAUUUUCGUUUUAAUGCCCAAAUGAAAGAGAUAUUGUAUAUCACAAAUGAAUUUAUUUCUAUGGACAAGUUAUUGUCUUCCCUUAGCUAUGAAUAAUUUUUAGUAAGGGCUGAGCUAAGUUAAGUAUUUUUUUUCACAUUUUUGAAGUGUCUUUUACAUUAUUGAUUGAAUUACAAUUUACAUGAAUCAGAUCAAAAUAACCGUGCCGCCAAUUGAGAUAAUGUUUAUUAGAGGGAUUUCAUGGAAUAAAUUCAGGUGCAGUUCUCUGCUGCUCCACCGUUCCUAUCUGGUUUUUGCAUCUCAUUACUCGACAGAGCAACUUGUUGUAAGAGCGUCCACUAUAAGGUGGACGCGGCGGUCGCCACGAGCGGGGCGAUGGCGGGGCGGAAGGCGCGGCGAUUAUAGUGGAUGGGGUGUCCGCCGCGAGGGGUGGACGCGGCGGGUGGGGUGGAGGGUGGCGGACGAGGCUUCGCCGCGAGUGGGGCGAGGACGCGGCGUGUAGUGUAUAGGCGCGACUAUAGCCGCGGCUAUUAUAGUGGCGGAAAUCCGCCGCGGCUAUAGCCGCAUUGUUCGAAAUUUUCCCCAUAUCAAUUCGCAGUCCUAGUGAUGUAGAUUCAUCUUGCAAUCUAUUGGAUGUUAGGGCUGCCGAUGUUUUUUCAGUCCGCAGCCCUAGUGAAGUGGAUUCAUCUUGCAAUCAAUUGGAUAUUAGGGCCGCCGAUGAUUUUCUGCCGCCUGAAGAUAAGCUGCGGGGAGUUUUCCUGCAGAAACUCCCCAGCAAAAUCGCGAUUCAUAGCGCAUUGAGCGGGGUUGGUGUAGAAUUAAAUAAUUAAGUAUUUUUUAAAGUAUUGAACAUGGGAGACUUAAGUGGUGAGGCGAUGUUAGUGUUUUUCAAUUGGGCAAUUGAGCAGCCAAAUUUGUCAAAAGGCGUUGGUGCCUUCCAUAUAGUGCUUAAAGCGUUGGGUAGGAGGAAAUCAUUUGUGCAUAUGAUGGAAAAGGUGAAGGAUAUGGGGAACAGAGGGGUAACCGUGAAUUCGGAGACCCUUUUCAUUGUUAUUUAUAGUUAUCUUCGCGCACAUCGUGUUUCUAAAGCUACAACAGUUUUUGGGGAAUUGGAGAAGUAUGGGUUAGAAUGCAAUAAGGAAACUUUGAGUGUUGCGUUGAGUUGCUUGUCACAGCGAUCACAUGUAGGAACAGCGUGUUUGUUGUUUAAUAGAAUGAAAGAGAAGGUGCAGUGUGAUAGUUCGAUGUAUAAUAUUAUCAUAGGAGGAUGGUCAAAGCUUGGUAAAGUUACUGAAGUUGAGAAGUUUUUGAAGUUGAUGGUGGAUGAUGGAGUUGAGCCUAAUUGUGUAACUCAUAGCUAUGUCAUUGAGGAGUUUGGCAGAGCUGGUAGAUUCGAUGAUGCGAUCAGAAUUUUCAACUACUUGGAGGAGAAAGGGAGUGCACUGAGUAGUGAGGUUUCCAAUGCCAUGAUCUUCAACUGUAUUGCUAAUCAUGACAUCGGUGGGGCGUUGAAAUACCACAAGAGGAUGGUGCACGAUGGUUUUGAACCAAGCGUGGAUACUUAUGUCAGGAUAAUACUGUAUUUCCUCAAAAGAAGAAGAGUUUCAGAUGCCAUCGAAUUGCUCGAUGUGAUGCUUGGUCGAGGCGUGAUUCCUUCAACGGGGGCUUUGACCGAGAUCUUGAAGCCAUUGUGUAGCUACGGUCCGCCAUAUGCUGCAUUGAUGGUGUACAACAAGACAAGGAAGGCAGGUUGUAAAGUAUCGCUGACGGGCUAUAAGCUGCUACUCAUGAGGCUAUCUAGGUUUGGAAAGUGUGGAAUGCUGCUGAAAAUGUGGGAGGAAAUGCAAGAGAGUGGGUAUGGUUGUGAUAUGCAGGUUUAUGAGUAUCUCAUAAAUGGUCUGUGCAACACAGGGAGGCUUGAAUCUGCAGUGCUGGUUAUGGAGGAAUAUAUUAGCAAGGGAUUAUUCCCUAGCAAAAUCAUUUCUAGCAAAUUAUAUAAUAGGUUGAUGGAUUCAAAUAAGUGGAUGUGGCUUACAAGCUAUUUCUCAAGUUGAGAAAUGCU